AUGUCGUCGCCGACAGACACGACCAAGACGGCGCCAGGCUCAACUGGCAACAAGGACGACUCGCGGUCUGGCCAGCAGUCGAACCGCAAGCAAGCUGCAUCGCCCAACUCGCCUGCUCGCAACCGCUCUCAGCACGACCGAAAGCGCUCGACCUCGCGCGGUAACGGCGGCGCAUCCUCUCCGACGAACGAGAGGAAGCCGCAGAACCAGCAGGGAGGUGGAGGAGGGGCAGGAGGCUCGCAUGGUCGCAGGUCGAGUCGUGGUGGCGGACAUGCAGGAAACGGUGGCGGCGCUUCAGGCCGUCGAUCGAGCGGAGGAGCACACGGCGGCUCGAGCGGCGGCCAGCAGCACCACCGACGCGAGUCGCAGCAGAACGACGGGCUCGCCAACCUUCAGAACGUGAUCUCCGAUAUGCCUCCUCCUUCGGGCGGUUCUGCGCGCUCUUCGUCCUCCCAGCCUAGCUCGCCUGCCCGCCAACGCUCCCAGCCAGGCGGUGGACUCCGCAAGAACCCCUCGGGCCCAUCUGUUCCCAGCAUCUCGGCUCCGCCUCCCUCCCUUCCUCCCGCCGCCAACACGCUGAACCCGACUGCCGGCGGCUUCCAGCCCGGCAUGCUCGGCCCUAUCCACGACAUGAUCGAUGAAGGACUCGUCACGCCGACCGCCUCGCGUUUCGACCUUAUGACCGGCAUGCCUCGCUCGCCGACCGCUCCUUCGACUCUUCCUGAUGCUGGCACCGGUUUCGGCGGUGUCGCUGCGCUCAAUCAGAGCGCUUUCGUCUUCCCGCCGCCUCAGCCCGCGACGCAAGGUCUCGGCAUCUCGAACCAGCAGCAACAGGCGCUCGCACUCCAGCAGCAGCAGUUCCAGCUCGCUCAGCUCGCGGCCGGGAUGAACCCUGCGCUGACGGGUGCGGGCGGUGGUCUGGACGAGGCGAGCGAGCUCAUCGCGGAGCAGCUUGCCAUCCAGCAGCAGCUCGAGAACCUCCGACUGCAGCAGGAGAGCCUCAUGGCUCGCUUCGGCGACAUGCAAGCGACUCUUACCGGCCAGGCCGCCCCGCCUGUCUCUGCGCCUCUGCCUUCCGGUCCUUCUGGCCAGCACCGCCGCGUCUCGUCGUCGAGCGGUCACCAGCACCAGCCGUCUGGCGCGAUGGGCUCGUUCGGCCUUCCCGGCGGUGCUGGAGCGGCAUCCGGUCAGCAACAGCUUCCGAAGGGCCACGGACGGCGUCACUCAGUCCAGACGGGCAAGACAGCGCCAGGCGGCGCAAACGGCUCGACUGCAGCGCCGAGCGGUAAUGGCGGUUUCGGUACUGGCUUUCAGUUCCCGCCGCGACCGCAAGGACAGCAGCAGGGCACGCCGACGCAGCAGCCUCGCUUCCUCGAGGAAGACCCCUUCGCGAGCGGAAACGACAGCCCGAGCGGUGGCCGCACGAUGGGCCACCACCGUCGCCAGAGCGGCAGCGUCUCGAGUCUCGGCGGCUGGUCAAUGAACAUGAGCCAGUCGAGCACGAACAACCUCGCCGAGGCGCAGGCGCACUUGCAGGCUCUCGGUGCUUACCGUGCUUCGUCCGGUCACGCUCGCGUCCCCUCCUUCGGCAUGUCGGCGAUCGGUCCGGGCGGACAGGGCGGUCCUGGACAGCUUGCGAUGGCAGGCUAUGGCGGCGGCAUCCCUCAACCCGGCUUGGGCGGCCCGAACGGCCAGAACCAGAUGCGCAAGACGCUCUUCGCUCCCUACCUCCCUCAAGCCAGCAUCCCGCCUCUCCUCGCUGCCGGCAAGCUUGUUAUCGGCACCCUGCGCGUCAACAAGCGCAACCGCUCCGACGCCUACGUCGCCACGGACGUUCUCGAUGCCGACAUCUACAUCUGUGGCUCGAAGGACCGCAACCGCGCGCUCGAGGGCGACAUUGUCGCUGUUGAGCUGCUCGACGUUGACGAGGUUUGGGGGACGAAGAAGGACAAGGAGGAAAAGAAGCGCAGGAAGGAGGAGCAGGCGUCCUACGAUCCCAAGACGGCGCGCGACCUCCGCAAGCAGGACAAGAAGAAGGACGACGUCGAGGUCGAGGGUCAGGGUCUCUUGCUCUUCGAGGACGAGGAGGUUACGGACGAGACGAAGCCACAAUUCGCCGGCCACGUCGUCGCAGUCCUCGAGCGCGCGCCUGGCCAGCUCUUCAGCGGAAUGCUCGGCGUCCUUCGUCCGAGCUCGGCGGCGACGCAGCAGAAGCAGGACGCCGAGCGUCGCGAGCGCGAGGGCGUCGACUUGCGCGGCGGUCACGGCCAGUCGAACGGUUCGACUCAGCCGCCGCCCAAGAUCAUCUGGUUCCGCCCGACCGACAAGCGUGUCCCGCUCAUCGCCAUACCGACCGAACAGGCGCCUGCCGAUUUCGUCGAGCACUCGGAGAAGUACUCCGACCGCCUCUUCGUCGCCUGCAUCAAGCGCUGGCCGAUCACGUCGCUUCACCCGUUCGGCCAACUCGUCGAGGAGCUCGGCCCCAUUGGCGACAUCGAGACGGAGACGAACGCUCUCCUCAAGGACUGCAACUUUACCGCUGAGGACUUCUCCGACUCGGUCAACAAGUGCUUGCCGCAGACGCCUUGGUCGAUUCCCGAGCGUGAGCUCCAGCCGGAUGUGAGGCGCGACUUGCGCGACAAGCGUGUCUUCACCAUCGACCCCGAGACGGCCAAGGACCUCGACGACGCCCUGCACAUCAUCCAGAACGAGGACGGUACCUUCGAAGUUGGCGUGCACAUCGCCGACGUCUCGCACUUUGUCAAGCCGAAUACUCCGCUCGACCGCGAGGCCCGCAAGCGCGCGACGACCGUCUAUCUUGUCCAACGCGCCGUGCCUAUGCUCCCGCCCACCCUGUCUGAGGAGCUCUGCUCGCUCAACGCCGGCUCGGACAAGCUCACUUUCUCCGUCAUCUACACGCUCACGCCCGAGGGCCAAAUCGUCUCGACCUGGUUCGGCAAGACCGUCAUCAACUCGAAGGUCAAGCUCGCCUACUCGGAUGCUCAGCAUGUCAUCGACAAUGGCACGCUGCCCGAGGGCAAGAUCGCCGACGCUGAGCUGCGCGAGGGUGUCGAGACGGACGUGAAGCGCCUCGCCGGCAUCGCCAAGCACCUUCGUCAUCGCCGCUUCGAAAGCGGCGCGCUCCGCAUUGACAACGUCAAGGUCUCGUUCCGCCUCGACGAGUUCGGCCUGCCGGUCGACGCCCACGAGUACGCGCGCAAGGAGGCGAACGAGCUCAUCGAGGAGUUCAUGUUGAUGGCGAACAUCGCCGUCGCCGGCAAGAUCGCAUCUGGCCUGCCCGACCAGUCUCUCCUGCGUCGUCACGAGGAGCCGAUCGACCGUCGCCUCGACGCGUUCGUCCAACGCAUGCGCCGCCUCGGCCUCGACAUCGACGGCAGCUCGUCGCACGCCCUGAUGGACUCUAUCGUCAAGAUCACGGACCCGGGCGAGCGCCUCACUCUCCAGCACCUUAGCACCCGCUCGAUGCAGCGCGCCAAGUACUUCUGCACCGGCAUGCUCGACAUCUCCAAGUACCGCCACUACGCCCUCAACGUCCCUCUCUACACGCACUUCACCUCGCCGAUUCGCCGGUACGCCGACGUGAUUGUUCACCGCCAGCUCGAGGCCGUCCUCGCCGCUCAAGCUGCCGCCGCGUCUGCCGAGGCGCCGACGGAGGCCAAGUUCUCGCUCGACGCCGAGGCGGUCUCCAAGAUCGCGCAGACUUGCAACGUCAAGAAGGAGGCCGCUCGCCUCGCUCAGGAGCAGUCGCAGCACCUCUUCCUCUGCGUCCUCAUCGACGACUUGACGAAGCGCUACGGUCCUGUCAUUCGCUACGGCACCGUCAUCGGCGUCCUUGACCAGGCCUUUGACGUUCUCGUCAGCGAGUUCGGCGUUGAGAAGCGCGUGCACGUCGAUCAGAUGCCUGUCGAGAGCACCGUCUAUGACGAGCGCGAGAACUCGCUCCAGAUCUUCUGGAAGAAGGGCGUCGACGUUCUCGCGUGGCUCGCCGAGUCGAAUCAGGACGAGCACCUCAAGCGCCUACGCGCCCACGCGCACCACCACUCGAAGAUGAUGGAGGCCGACAGCGGCAAGGGCGAGGCGGAGAGCAGGCUCUUCGACGACGACGAGGACGAGGAGGAGGGCGAGAUCAAGCAGGAGCGGCGUGUUCUCGAGACGGAGCAGCACAGGAAGUCGCGCGAUCGCACUCCGCUCAAGUUCCAGAACCUCAACACCGAGCACGGCCACUGCGCGCAGACGGUCAAGACUCUCGACGUCGUGCCCGUCAUCGUUUCUGCCGACACCACCAAGAGCCCGCCCGUCCUCCGCGUCGUCGCCGUCUCGCCCUUCGCCUGA